CAUAAUAAUAAUAUCUUUCACUUUCUCUCUCUUUAUCAUAUAUGUAAAAGACAAAAACAAAAGCAGUGGAUGUGUCUUCAGAAACAACCCACCAUUUGCAGUGGCUUGCAAUCUCUCCAUAUCCUUGUUUAGGCUUAAGCCGUUCUUAGAUCUGACUCAAAGGAACCCCUAAAUUAAAAAACCCUUGCGAUCGGAUCACCUAAUUUCAUUUCCUCAAUUUCUCUCCUCUCUCUCUCUCUCUCUCUCUCUCUUUCUCUCUGCAAUGUCCUCUCAGCGCGCAGAUCUAGCGUGCCGGAUCUUCCCGGAACCCGAUGCAUCCCAAAUCGACCACUUCGAUCGUCUCCCGGACUCCCUCCUCCUCCUCGUCUUCAACAAGAUCGGCGACGUCAAAGCCCUAGGCCGCUGCUGCGUCGUUUCUCGUCGCUUCCACUCCCUCGUACCUCAGGUCGAAAACGUCGUCGUCCGCGUCGACUGCGUCAUCUCCGACGACGACUCUUCCUCCUCCUCCGCCGCCUCCGACAAGUCCCGCGGUCCUUUCUGGAACCUCCUCCGUCUCGUUUUCGGCGGAAUCGUUAAGCCCAUCCAAACCCUCGGCCAGUUCCUCGGCCCCAAACGCCCCUCCUCUUCCUCCCCCACCCCAUCCUCCUCUCUUGCCGUCGGCACCGACGAUGACUCGGACGCCGGCGUCACCCACCACUCCCCCACUCAGGUCCUGAAAAACUUCAAUGAGAUUCGCCUCCUCCGGAUCGAGCUCCCCAGCGGCGAGCUUGGCAUCGAAGACGGUGUCCUUCUCAAAUGGCGUGCAGAUUUCGGAUCGACCCUCGAUAAUUGCGUCAUCCUUGGCGCCUCCUCCGUCUUUCACCCGAAAGACCUCACCGACAGCGCCGCCUCCGCCGCCAAUUGCACCGACGACAAUGGAAGCAUACCCGACUCGUUCUACACCAACGGCGGCCUCAAACUGCGCGUGGUUUGGACCAUAAGCUCCCUGAUCGCCGCCUCAGCUAGACAUUACCUUCUGCAGCCUAUAAUUUCAGAGCACGGGACUCUCGACAAUUUGGUCUUGACCGACGCUGAUGGGCAGGGAGUGUUAUACAUGAAUCGGGAACAGCUUGAGGAACUGAGGGUGAAGCCCCUUUCGGCGUCGUCUGCGUCGAAGAGGACUCUCGUUCCGGCGCUCAACAUGAGGCUGUGGUACGCGCCGCACCUUGAAUUGCCCGAUGGGGUUGUUUUGAAGGGUGCCACGCUUGUGGCCAUCAGGCCCAGUGAACAAUCCCCUAAUACCGCCAAGAAGGAGGCUUCUGAUUUGUCUUGGGUAUCCACGGCGUUUGAGGAGCCUUAUCGGACAGCUGCUACAAUGCUUGUCAAGAGGAGGACUUAUUGCCUUGAGAUGAAUUCGUUCUGAUGCAUUUCAGGAAACGUAAGAUCAUUUAAAAGGGGGGAAAGCUCAAGUUCUUCAUAGAGGGAAGGAAUCUGGAAACUCAAAUUUUAUUUGGGCGAACAUGAAGUGGAAGCAGCUUGGUCGCAGGAAACUUGCUCUUCCCGGCUUCAGUAACUAUGGCCCAGACUCGAGUAGUUACUGAAGGGAACUGCCAAUCAUUCACCUGUCAUGCUUAAACUGAAAACUGAAUGCAUCUGCUGGUUUUUUUAAUUUGAGGCAAUGCUUGUAAGAGUGCACACCUGCAACUAGGAUGAUCAUGUAAGAGCUUUAAGUUUGUAGUCAUCUGCCCUUAUAUCAGAUCUCUGUGAAUAUUCUAGGUAUCAGUUUGGUUUGCCUUUGUGAUAUAUUUUUCUCGAGUUAAAUGAGCAAUGUACUUUGCUUCUGUAAUUUUAAAUAACUUCUGGAUGAGGUCAAUCAUGCGAAAUGCAAUACUUGUUCCUGCGCUUA